AUGACCACCUUGAACGCGCCGGGCAGCGUCUUGUUGGACCGCCAGUGCGUGGGCAGGGCGCUGCACAGCAUGUACGGGCAUCCGGUGCGGACCAGCUCGCCCGGAUGCUCGGCGGUCACCUCGUUGACGGCCGCCUCGGUCCACCACAGGUCCUCGGACGGCGGCGAAGACGAGGACGACGACGACGAGGCGGUGGCCGUGCCAUGCUGGUCCGCCGACGACGGGCCACGGCGCCGCUUCUUGCUGUGGUCCGACGUCAUCCGCACCAGGCGCAUAUCUCGGUGGCGGUAA